UAUUUCCUAGUCGGCAAGCCUCGCACUGAUCCUCAUGGUUUGGCUGGCCGGGCAACGCGAGGCUACAUCGCCUGGGAUGUCACCGGCGAAAGGCUAGUGUUCUUAAAGGACUGCUGGCGAGUGCCAACGCUGCCGAAGGAGGGGGAUACCUUGCUGAAGCUGAAUGGUGCUGAGGUCCCAUUCGUACCGACGUUGGUCUGCCACGGUGAUGUCGGAGGCCAGACCACAUUAACUCCUGGAUACUGGGACAAAGAGUCGGACGGAGAAGAGAGUAAGAUGAAGGCACACGCGCACUAUCGCCUCGUAGUGGAGGAGAUCGGUUGCCCCCUUGACGACUUCCGUAACUCGAGGGAGUUGGUGCUGGUGAUAUAUGAAAGUAUCUGUGCGCACUACGUUGCCUUCAAUGAUGCGCAUAUCCUGCACCAAGAUAUCAGUGCCGGCAAUAUUCUCAUCGUUCGGAAAACGGAAGACAGAGUUGUCCGUGCUAGCGGUCUCCUGAAUGAUUGGGACCUGGCUAAGGAUACCGAGAUAAAGCCUGCUGGGCAGUGUGGUCGGACUGGCACAUGGCAGUUUAUGUCUGGGCGAUUGCUUGCCCACCCUUCCAAGUUCCACGAAGUGCAGGACGAUUUCGAGUCGUUCCUACAUGUCCUUCUCUGGGAAGCAGUGCGCUACUUGCCACAC